CUCCAUCAAAUCCCCUAGGUUGUUUUCCCGCCAAAACUUUUCCCAGUUGUUUGUCUCAUUGUUCGUUGAUUUUUGUGUUAAUUUGUGUCUCAGGAUGGACCCCCAGGAGCUCGACCAGCGCCUCCGCGACAUCCAACGCGAAUACUUGGACUUUCUCGACGACGAGGAAGACCAAGGCAAGUACGCCACACUGGUCAAAAACAUGGUUGCUGAUCACAGUUUGAGGCUUGUGGUAAAUGUCAAUGACUUGCGGCGUAAAAAUCCAACGAGGGCCUCCGCCCUCCUCACCAACGCUUUUGAGGAGCAGUCGGCGUGUCAAAAAGCCCUCAAAGAGUAUGUGUACACCGUCGCGCACGAUUAUGCAAAGGACCACGAUGAGUUUUUCAUUGCUUUUGAGGGGAGUUUUGGGAAUAAGCAUGUUACUCCAAGGACGCUAACGUCGCGGUUUUUGGGGAAUUUGGUCUGUGUUGAGGGGAUUGUCACGAAAUGCUCGUUGGUGCACCCGAAGGUCGUAAGAAGUGUCCAUUAUUGUCCAGUGACAAAAAAAGUGAUGGAGAGGAAAUACACAGAUUUGACGUCUUUGGACGCCUUCCCCACAUCAUCGGUGUACCCCACUAAAGAUGAGGAUGGCAAUUUAUUGGAGACUGAGUUUGGGCUUUCAGUUUAUAAAGACCAUCAGACUAUUUCUAUUCAGGAAAUGCCUGAAAAAGCCCCAGCGGGGCAGUUGCCCCGCUCCGUUGACAUCAUCUGCGAUAAUGACCUCGUUGAUAAGUGCAAACCGGGGGACCGAAUCCAAGUCGUCGGUAAUUACCGCUGUCUCCCUAACAAACAGGGGAGCUUCACCAAUGGGAUUUUCCGUACUGUGGUGAUUGCGAACAAUGUGUCCCAAUUGAGCAAAGAGGCGAACCCCUCGAUCUCACGUGAAGACGUUGCGAAAUGCAAGAAUUUGGCAAAAUCUAACAAAAACGUUUUCAAUUUGUUGGCCAAAUCAUUAGCGCCCUCUAUACACGGCCAUGAGUAUAUUAAAAAGGCGAUUUUGUGCCUUCUUUUGGGCGGAGUUGAAAAGGUUUUGCCCAAUGGGACACGACUGAGGGGUGAUAUAAACGUGUUGUUGAUUGGUGAUCCCAGUGUUGCCAAAUCGCAACUCCUUAGGUAUGUGCUUUGCACCGCCCCUCGUGCUAUCCCCACCACCGGUCGCGGUUCCUCCGGUGUGGGUUUAACCGCAGCGGUUACAACCGAUCAGGAGACCGGUGAAAGGCGUCUUGAAGCCGGGGCUAUGGUCCUCGCUGAUCGUGGGGUUGUUUGUAUUGAUGAAUUUGAUAAAAUGUCGGAUAUGGACCGAACUGCCAUCCAUGAGGUUAUGGAACAGGGACGUGUGACUAUCGCCAAGGCCGGUAUCCAUGCCAGUUUGAACGCCCGAUGUUCGGUUUUAGCCGCCGCCAAUCCGGUUUAUGGAAAGUACGAUCAAUAUAAGACACCAAUGGAAAACAUCGGAUUGCAAGAUUCGCUUUUGUCACGUUUUGAUUUGUUGUUCGUGAUGUUGGAUUCGGUUGAUGAGGAUCAUGAUUCGAUGAUUUCGGAUCACGUGGUUAGAAUGCAUAGAUAUAGGAACCCUGGGGAGCAAGACGGCGAAGUGCUCCCAAUGGGCUCAAGCGUCGACAUGUUAAGCACCAUGCGCCCCGACGAGGUCGACGACGACAAAGUGACCCCCAUGUAUGAGAAAUACGACGCCCUUUUACACGGCACAAGUCGCAAAAAAACCGAUAAAAUCCUAAGUGUCGAUUUUAUGCGAAAAUACAUCCAUUUCGUGAAAAUCCUCAAACCGACGUUGACCGAACAAGCUUCGGAAAUAAUCGCCGAUGAGUACUCCAAACUCAGGUCGGAGGACAUGCUCGAGAACCACGUCGCGAGGACACAACCGGUCACGCCCCGUACUCUCGAAACCAUGAUCCGGUUGGCCACGGCCCACGCCAAGGCCCGCAUGUCUCGCGUGGUGGCCCCCCAAGACGCCCAUGCCGCCAUCGAGCUGGUGCAAUUCGCCUAUUUCAAGAAAGUUCUAGAGAAGGAGAAGAAAAAGAGGCGCAGGAACUCUGAGUCGGACUCUGGAGAGGAAGAAAUGGACGAAGAAGAGUCCCAAAGGGUGAAGAAAUCGCGACAAGUGGAAGAAAUCGAUGAAGAAAUGCCAACUCAGGAGUCAGAAACAAUGGAAAUUGACUCAACUCCUGCGACUAUCACUAAUGAGAGAUUGACUCAGUUUCGUACAGGGCUCCAUCGGGCCUUCCGCGACAUUAGGGCGCAGUCUCUGAGUGUGGCCCGCAUCCGUGACACCCUCAACACCGACAAUACAGCCCCCUUCAGCCAGGGCGAAAUCCAAGCAGCCAUCGUCCGCAUGACCGAAGACAACCAAGUCAUGAUGUCGGACGGAAUCGUCUUCCUCAUCUAACUUCAAUAAAACACUUAUUUUUUUUUACAAAAAAA